UCCAAACCCAACAAUGAUGGCAAGUCAAUCCUGUGUAAAACAAAACUUCAAAGUGCCAGUUGGUCAUAUAAUUAUUUGUGGGAAAUGGCGAGGUUCUGAUCUUUCGUCUGUCCUUCAAGAAGGUGUACAAGUUUUAUAUGAAGAUGACCUUGGGUUGAUUGACUUUUACCCGUCCGGGAACAUGGGUGUUGUGUACCUUCAAGAGGCUGAUCUUGUUGCCAGUGGUACCUACAAGAGGAAGUUAGCCAAGCUGAGAAAGGCCAACAAAGUCUGUGUGCUAGUGAUGGCUGAACGGACCACAACCAGUCAACAGUACUACUCCCCACUACAGAACUUUUGUAUGCUGGAGCUCGGCUUCUCCCUGCUGCCUGUCCCCAGUCAGAGGGAGGCUGCUAGUCUGCUGAUACAAAUGGUACAUUGUGAGGGAAAACCUGCAGAUAUGAAUCCUUUCUGUAAGAAGAAGAAAAAUGUCCCUCUGGAUCCUGCCAUCCUCACCACUCUACAAUGUGUUCCAAAGCUUGGAGAAGUCAAGGCCAAACUUCUACUUCAAACGUUCAAAAAUAUUCAGAGCAUUUCAGCUGCAUCUGUUGAGGAGUUGACUGCUGUCAUUGGAAAGGCAAAUGCUGCACAAGUAAAGACAUUUUUUUCGGAAGGUGUUACUUGAAAAGAUCCUGAGCAAAAUCUACCACAAAUCCCUCAACAAAGAAGUGCUACAUAUGAACUACCCAGCAGGGUGGUCAUCCACCAUAUCUGUCCAGCUCAUCGCCCGACAGCUGUAUGAAUAGUUUGAUAGUCAGUCGGUGUAAUGUUCAGACAUGUUGUUCUGUUACUGAUGAACACCAUCUUGUGACUAAACGAAGCCAGUGGUGCAGGCUGCUGGUAGAUGUUACCCAUCCACGAUACUCCAGGGCUUACACUCACUAAGGCUGCUGGUAGAUGUUACCCAUCCACGAUACUCCAGGGCUUACACUCACUUGCGCUCCCUGGUCUGGUUGCUCAGUGGUGGACACACACUCCUUUUACGCAGGAGGCAGUGGUUUGAUUCCCUGAUCAGACUUGGAAAAGUUAUGGUGUCACCUGCCCAACCACAUGGGUUUUCUCCGGGUAUCCCAAUUUCUCUCACAUUAAGACCUCCCAUGUGUUAACGUCCAGGCCAAUAGGAAUUAUUAAUAUAAGUUGAAAUAAUUUGUUUCAGUAUUGUGGAAAAGAAAUAAAGGUUAUUUUAUACUGUUUACACCCCUGGAAUAUGUUGGGACAAAAUUGAAGGCUCAGUGUGCGCCACCUUGUGGAUGAUUUGUGUGGUCAUGCAAGACUGAGAAAUUGUAUACACAUAUGAUUAUGAUUAUCUAUUAUGUGUAUGACCUGUAAUAGCAUCUUUUUGGAAAAUAAACAAGU